AUGUUGGGGCCCCCUCCCAUAACGAGAAAACACGCAGUCGUCCUCAUCGCAGCACUGCUACUCGUCAGAGGAAAUCUUGUCAAGCUUGCCGAAAAUAUCCAACUCCCGCGUCUUCGCGCUAAAAAGCUCACUCCGCAGGAACUCACCGAUGCAGUACAACAGGUUUAUAUCGAGGAGGAUGGCCUCAAAAAGCUGCUAGUACCUCAUCGUGAUAGGCUUUCCAAGGUUCCGAUACAUCCGAUCCCGGCCACCAAGUUUCACUCAGACGCUCCGCACUUCCCGCCAAUACAACCUUCAACAAAACCGAAUAUCGAUCGUGUUUUUCUGGCUCAGCUCAAGGCCAUUCUAUUUCGCAUCGCCUUUCCAGCUUUUCGCUCUAAAGAAACCUUGAUCCUCGUUUCCCACUCUUUCUUUCUUGUUUUGAGAACCGUCCUCAGCAUUAUGCUCGACUCUAGGCUUGACGGUGUUAUCGUGAGAGACCUGGUCCGCGCAGAUGGCAAAGGAUUCCUCAAGGGCCUCGGUCUCUGGUUUUUACUUGCCAUUCCGAGCACAUAUACGAAUUCAAUGAUACGACACCUCCAAUCCAAAUUGUCGUUACGAAUGCGGACUCGUGUGACGCGCUAUGCUCAUGAUCUCUACCUUUCCUCCGCACCCCACCUACGCUACUAUCGAACAGGACUUGACGGUGUCGACCAGUACAUCACAGCCGACAUCGAAUCGUGGGCUGAGGCGCUCUCUGGGCUUUAUGGAAACAUCCUCAAACCAUCGCUUGACCUGAUACUUUUUACAUUGCAACUUAGCCGCUCUUUAGGAUAUCGCGGCUCAAUUCUGCUAUAUUCCACCUAUUAUUUGACCGCCGCAAUCCUACGCGCGAUCACCCCGGCUUUCGGGAGGCUGGCUGCUAUCGAAGCUCGCCUUGAAGGAGAAUAUCGAGCUGGGAUGGGCCGCAUAGGUAGAGAGGGCGAGGAGAUUGCGUUCUACGAUGGCGGCGCGAGAGAGUUGGACAUUCUAAGCCGUGCAUAUCUGAGGCUCAUCUCCCACAUCAACAACAUCUACAAGUUGCGUAUUGCAUACGAAUGGACAGAAGACUACGUCAUCAAGUACCUAUGGUCCGCAGCCGGUUAUGGGCUUAUCGCAGUGCCGCUGCUUUUUACAAGACGGCAAAGGCCACCAUCAACAACCGGAAAACAGCAGGAUGAUGCAGUUGCGGGACGAACAGAAACCUACAUUUCCAACAGGCGUCUCCUGAUCUCCCUCGCCGAUGCCGGUGGCAGGCUUAUGUACGCCUACAAGGAUUUGCUCGAGCUUGCCGGUCUAACGACGAGGAUCUACGCACUUAUCUCUACCUUGCAUAACCUCCCGCCAGUCGCCUCGGCGGAAGCUGACGCAGAGUUUAUACGACUGAGCAAAGUGGAUAUCGACAUUCCGCAGUCAACAGACGAUUCUUCGAGAGUGGACUCGACCCCUCUUGUUCGCGAUUUGUCGUUUAUGGUCCAGAACGGCGAGCACUUGAUGAUCACUGGCAGUAAUGGAGUCGGAAAAACAUCUGUGGCGCGCAUUCUGGCGGGGCUUUGGCCUCCUCAAGGUGCUGAUGCAUCAUUGGGGAGGCCACACGACACUGUUGACCGUCCCAACAUCGUGAUUGUACCCCAGCGAGCGUAUAUGGUGACUGGAAGUCUGCUUGAUCAGAUAAUAUAUCCGCACUCUUAUCCAGACUUUGUCAAGUCGGGUAAAACCAUAGAAGAUUUGAAGCAGAUCCUCGAAAUGGUUUUCCUGGCAUACCUUCCAGAACGGGAGGGGGGCUGGACGACCAGGAAGGAGUGGCGGGAUGUGUUGAGUGGCGGCGAGAAACAAAGGAUGGGAUUGGCACGGGUUUUGUACCACUGCCCCAAGUUUGCAAUUCUGGACGAGUGUACAAGUGCGGUCUCGAGUGAUGUUGAGGGCCGCAUGUACGAUAACUUGAAGAAGCAUGGGAUAACUUUAAUUACGAUUUCCCUACGUCCAUCGCUUGCAAAGUACCACACAUUGCUCUUGACGCUGACGGGAGAUGGAACUGGCAAGUGGACACUCUCCAAGGUUGGCACACCCGAGGGACGGAUUGGAAUUGACCGAGAGAUUGCGAUGUUGGAGAGUCGAUUGGAUGAGAAGGGAACGUGGGAGACAAGAUUGAAGGAAUUGGAGGCACUUUUGUCUAUCCAAGAGAAGUAG